AUGAUGGCUCGGAGACAGGGCAACAAGCUGGGCGUGCCGUACCUGGGCCGACUACUCCGGCACGAGCGCCCAGCCCUGCUUCUCUCCCUGGUCGUGCCGCCUAUGCUGGCCAACUUGGCUAUUGGAUUUACAUUGUUUCAGACGUACACUAUGACCGAGCAUGUGCUGACGACCAACUUCACGGACGGCACGGCCGACACUGCAGCGCAUCCGUUUACGCCCACGGUGAUUGUAGCGAUCGCUGGCGCCGCGGCAGGCGCUGCUCAGUGCGUGAUAUCCGCACCCCUGGACAACAUCCGUCUCGUUGUGCAGCCGCUCCUUAUCCACGAUACAGGGCAUCGUACUACGUCCCUGUCGCUUGUGCGUGCGCCGUUUCGGACCUGGCAGACCAUCAUGGAGGCGGCUGUGCUACCGUUUCUGCCGGAACGCUGGUACAACCUAGCGAUUCGCCGACUUGAGCGGCUGUUGCCAACAAAAGGACCUGGAUCUGCUCCAACGUCGACAUCCUCGACGUCUCAGUCCACCGCAUCGUCCGCCCUGUUCCAGUACCUCCCGAAGCAUGUACGCAUGCUGGCACGUCGAAAGCACGGCAUGAGCUUGAUCCUCUCGCUCAUUCGUGAUGCGUUGGGCUUCUCGGCCUUCUUUGUCACCUUCGAAUGGGCUCGGCGCUGUGCAUACCAUGCCUCACUCCAAGUCGACAAGUGGGUGCAUGUCGUGCGUCGGCGAUCGUCGCCGCGCCUGCAGAAUGCCGAGCAGCAGCAGUUGGACCAGAGCUUCGGUGCAAGUCGCACCGUCUUUGGACGUACAACCGCAGUGCUCACACUCGUGCUGGGUGGUGCUCUUGGCGCAUGGCUCUACAGCAUAGUGAGUCGACCCGUCGAAUACGUGCGCAUGGUGCUGUGGAACCGUCUGUACGUGCCACAGUCGCGGCGCCUUGCCUCUCGUGGCUCGUCCUCGCGACACCAUCGCACUUCGUCGCACUACACGCACUACCGCUCCGAGGCAUCCUCGCUCAAUGUGCGGUCAGUCCGUGUGCGAAUGCAUGUGCCUCGCAUCAGCUUCGUUCAAGCCGAGCGACCACUCCGCACGCUGCGCCGACGAUGCCCCGCCGUCGCGUUGCGGUUCUCGGCUCCCGCGCGUCCUGUUCAUGUGAAUGCCAAGCGGAUGCCACGACGCAAGUUUCUCCAGAGCUCAACCCUAUCACGCCUCAUGCGCUUCGCACGCAUGACAGCGCCCGAGGGCCAGGUGUCUUCGCCAGUGCGUUUGUUCUUGCAUACGUACAUGGUACGCCCAUUCUUGUAUCCUGAACUAUGCAAGCCGUCAGCGCCCCGGCCCUGGGGCACAGCACCACCUGUUCGACAUGCUCAUCCAACGUCAGCUGCCGUGCCAUAUGUGCCGACCGCAUCUGUGAGGCGCUCGCCAAUGCGCUGCCAGUGGAUCAUCAACCGAUUGCUCUCGCCCUAUGCGUGCGGAUUUCUAGUAUUCGCGUGGAUGAGUGGCGAUCUCGGCUAA